AUUAAAGGACGGCCGCCCAACCCACUGCUCUUCGACCAGCACCCCGACCUCAGCCUCUUCCUCCCCCGUCGCACCCAACUUUCAUUCAACACCAUGGCGGACAACGACGCGCAGCAUGAGCACACCUUCGACAGCGCCGAUGCUGGUGCUUCCCUCACCUACCCCAUGCAGUGCUCUGCUCUGAGGAAGAACGGCUUCGUCUGCAUCAAGCAACGCCCCUGCAAGAUCGUAGAAAUGACCACGUCCAAGACGGGAAAGCACGGUCACGCCAAGGUCCAUUUGGUCGCCAUCGACAUCUUCACCAGCAAGAAGAUGGAAGAACUCUGCCCGUCCACCCACAACAUGGACGUGCCCAACGUCAGGCGUCAGGAGUACUCGCUCCUCGACGUUUCCGACGACGGUUUCCUCUCCCUCAUGACUGAUGACGGCACCACCAAGGACGACGUCAAGGUCCCUGAUGGUGAAGUUGGCGACAAGAUCAACAAGUUGUUUACCGAGGAGGGCAAGGACACUAACGUCAUUGUCCUUACUGCCAUGGGUGAGGAGGCUGCAAUUGAUGCCAAGGAGGCCCCCAAGUCUUAAACUGUUUAGCAAGAAGCAAGGCGUGGAGUGCAGACAGAAGGCUAGGGGCAUUGCGACACUCUUUGCAUAUUCCGUGCAAAGUUACAGCCCUGUGACAAGCGUAGUAUUCUCGCAUGCGAAGUUGCACUAGGCUACCACUGCUUGACGUUCUUCGGAUGGGUUUGGCUUCUUUGCAUUGCAAUGUGUGGGAAGCGUAUCACAAACUUCCCCUUCUAGAUAUAUUCCUCACGCUUACGGCAAUGAAUAAAAGGGCGAUGAAGUUACGACCAUUC